AUGUUCACCUCAAUUGAUGCUUUAUUACAACAUGAUAAUAAUUAUAAUCAUAAUAAUCAUAUCAGUAAUACUGCGAACAAUAAUAACAAUAAUCAUAAUAAUGAUAAUAAUAGCAGUAAUGCUAAUCAUGAUCAUGACAAUAAUAGUAAUAAUAUUAGUAUUAGUCAUCAAAAUAUGGUCACUUUAUCAAAUUAUCAAAAAUUAAAUGGAAAAAUAAUUCAUAUUCUAUCUAAUAAUACUCCUUCAUCUCCAUAUCCUAUUAAUUCUUUAUCAUUAUUUCCUGAAAAUCAUCAUUCUUCUAAAAAUCAACAUGAUAUGAAAGCAUUCUGUGAAAUGAAAAAUAUAAGUUAUAUGUCAUCAUUAAUGUCAACCGCAUCAUCAACAAUAACUGUUACCGCACCAAUUAUGCUAUCAUCACAAUCAUCAUUAUCAUCAUCAUCAUCAUCAUUAUCGCAAUCAUCAUCAUCAUUACCAUCAUAUAUGUUAUCAACAACAAUAGCAACAUCGACAAUAACACCUACAACAGCAACUACAACAACAGUAUCAGCAUCAACAACAACGACAACAAGGACAGAGGCAGCAGCACCAAUUCUAAUUGAACAACUACCGUAUCCAUCCAUGUUUCAUACCACUAACAUUCCAUUACUCUACGAUCAUAUUGCUCUAACAAUAAAUGCAUGGCAAACAUUGGGAAAAAUACGACGUCCAAGGACAGCAUUUACCACUGAGCAACUUAUUGAACUUGAACGAAAUUUUGCUCAAACUCGUUAUUUAUCACGGCCUAGAAGAUAUCAAUUAGCUCAAAAAUUGCAUUUAUCAGAAACACAAAUCAAAAUUUGGUUCCAGAAUCGACGUAUGAAGAAUAAACGUUCCGGUCCUGCUAUUUUAAGUUCAGAUAAAGUCUAA